GUGAUCGAGAAGCGUGAAGUCAGCCGUUCCAAUCUGCCGGUCCUUGCUGAAGUUAGCUGAAGAGUAAUUACUAUUACCACAAUAUCGUUCUUCCGAAUCUAAGGAAUCUAUGGGUGACAAACUCAUUGUGGUUUUGAUGUGACUUGGAAAUUGGCCUUUGUUUAUAACAUCUCCAUUUGUAAUUUGCCUGUUUGUUGCCCGGAUCUGUGGAAAGAUUGUAAAAUGACUGUUGCCAAAGAUCCCGUACCCAAAGACCCAGAUUUCGAUCAAGAUGAUGAAAAUGAUGACGAUCCCGAGGAUGUCGAGAUGAAGUUGAUCGGCGAUAUUGAUAGUUUAUCAAGGACGACAGAGAGAUGCUUGCUCAGUUUGAAACAAGGUGAGGAUGAUGACGAAAAACCUGUGAAAUCAAGAGAUACAUGGUCCAACAAGACUGAGUUCCUUCUUGCAUGUGUUGGUUACGCUGUCGGAUUGGGAAAUGUAUGGAGGUUUCCAUGGCUUGCGCAAAAAAACGGUGGUGGGGCAUUCCUCAUACCGUACUGCAUCAUGUUAUUCAUCGAAGGAUUACCGUUGUUUUACUUGGAGCUGAGCAUUGGUCAAAGACAUCACCUCGGGCCUGUGCCACUUUGGUCAAAAGUAUCUAAGUAUUCAAGUGGGCUCGGGUUUACUUCGGUGUUUACCGUGUUCUUCAUGGCAUGCACAUACAAUGUCGUUAUUGCCUGGUGUCUCUACUAUCUUUUUGCCUCGUUCCAGUAUCCACUACCGUGGUCAUCCUGCCCUACAACGAGCCGUAUCAGUGGCAACCAAACGAUAACAAAGCCUCUGGAGAAGUGCGAUAAAGCAGGCUCAACGGCCUACUACUGGUAUCACGUGUCGCUUGAUAUUGCGAAGAACAUCAACCAAAGAUCUGGUCUGAACUGGAAGCUGUCAUUGUCAUUAUUGGCUGCCUGGGUUCUUGUCACUGGUUGCAUGAUCAAGGGUAUCAAAUCCACAGGCAAGGUGGUGUAUUUUACUGCACUCUUCCCGUAUUUUGUGUUGCUCAUCUUCAUCAUACGUGGGUUUAUGUUGGAAGGCUUUGAAGAUGGCCUGCGUCAUCUAUUCACCCCAGAGUGGGCGAUGCUCAAGGAUCCUCAAGUAUGGCUUCAGGCUGCUGCCCAAAUUCUUUUCUCUCUGAGUUUAGCAAACGGAGGGCUGAUUGCUUAUGCCAGUUACAACCCGACACAUUCAAAUACGCUCAAAGACACCUUCUUGAUCUGUUUCAUCAACUGUGGGACAUCAGUUUUUGCUGGAAUCGCAAUGUUCUCAAUGGUAGGCUACAGGGCAAACUAUCAGAACAAGCAUUGUCAAAAGUAUACGUACCCGCAAAUUGAUAAACGCAUGGAACAGUUGCACCCAACUAUCAUGAAAGGCAACUCUAGCUACACGAAGUUCUGGAAUGAAAUUUAUGAUAAGGGGGUUCGUGAUAAUACUUACGAACUUUGUGACGUCAAUCGAUUCUUAAAGGAGGGCAGUGGUGGCACUGGCUUAGCGUUCAUUACAAUGACUGAAGUUAUCAACCAGCUUCCUGGAUCCACUUUCUUUUCCAUUGUCUUCUUUAUGAUGUUGGUUACGCUUGGCUUGAGCAGUAUGUUUGGCAACUUAGAAAGCAUAGUCAGCUCGAUCAAAGACAUGCCUUACUUUAAGAACGUCAGAAAUGAAUACGUCAUCAUCUCGAUUGCAAUACCAAGCUACCUGUUUGGUCUAAUUUUCAUGCAAGACUCUGGCGAAUAUAUACUUCAGCUGUUCAACUCGUACAGCAUCGACGUUCCAUUGCUUGUGAUUGCGUUGUGUGAAUUACUUGUCAUUGUAUGGAUUUAUGGUGUUCCAAGGUUCUGUGACGAUAUUGAGUUUAUGACUGGAAAUCGACCCCAUUUUAUAUGGAAAAUUAUGUGGAGGUUUGUCUCUCCACUUGUGAUCGCUUCUCUCCUUAUUGGUAUGGUUGUCUCUUCUGCCAAAGGAACUCUGACUUACGAAGUCUGGAACGAUGUGCAGAUGAUCCUUGAGAAAGUGCCGUACCCUGGAUGGGCCAUCGCAGUUGGUGUUAUUAUCACCCUCUUUCCCAUUUUUUUCACUCCUGGCUUUGGUUGCUACUAUUUCAUUCAAAAAGUUCGGCAGAGAGAUGAAAUCAGCGUUCCAAUCGGUGUUUGAAUACAAAGUAGUUGUAGUUAAUUUCAAAUUUGACAUUGUUGUGGUUCUAGAAACAUUUCGAAGUUUGCCGUUUUCAACAUCAAAGGGAGCGGAAUCAGUUAAUGUACAAGAGAGUCAAUUUUUAAAAAGCCUACUGCCACUGCAAACUAUCCUUCUGAAUGGAUUUUAUAAAUUAUUUUUAAAACUGUUGUCUUCUAAUCAUAGUGGCAGUUCGGGUUUAGAUGUGACAAUCCGCUAUUCGUAUAAAUACCAUGUGCAACGUUACAUCCCGAAAAGUUAGAUUAUUGAUUUCCUCCAACUGUCCCAUUCUUGAUGCUAACGAAUUUCGAAAAGAGUCUUACCACAAAAUAAACAUUAGUGGUGUUGAGUUCUUGUUUUAUUUCAUAAAAAUACUAGGAAAUAGCUCCGGGCUAUUGUGCAGUAUCUAUUUCUUGGCCUUUCAUUGCAGGGUCUACCUUGCUUCUACACAAGACCUUACCUAACAUUAGGCCGCAUACAUCCCCCUCUGCAUUUUAGUAAAAAGGGGCAAAUAUGUUUCUUCUUGAGUUACAUAGCUGAGCUACAUUUCAAUAUUUGAGUAUGUUUUGCGUGGAUCUUACUUUAUAUUUAUUACUUUAACUUGCUUUCCAUUAAUUUAUUUAUUUUCGUCAUUAAUGGGGUUUUCGCCAUCGUAUAUUCUAUUUGCUUAUAAAGUAUUGAAUCGAAUUCUCUUUAAAUAGCCUGGCCUUUUCAAUUUCGCCGUUAUUCCUGUACGUAGAUAGAGUAAAUCCUGCUCUGGCAUAAGGGGUUAUUUAGCCAUAAUCUCUGGACCGCAUUCCGUUCUCGUUACAACCAACUGCUCUUGAAUCAACCCAAGUUUUGCCAUAUAGCUUUAAACCCCAACAGACCUAUCUUUACCACUGUACUGAAUCCUGUCUGAAGGUGAUAUGCAGUCAUUCUAUUGAUAUAAGUGAGGUGCGAAGGCUUUUAAAAUACCCCCUUUUUAUUAUGUACCUCGGAUAUAUCUAUGUUGUUAUUUGAAUCUAUAUCAAUCUUGUCGUCGUGAUAUUCCCAGAAUCUACUUGCGUGCGUAUUAUAUGUAUCGUAGUAUUUAUAAAUCUAUUUGUAGAAAAUGCGCAAUGUAGACUGUUGAGAACAACAAGGUACUUUUCUAGAUUAUUGUCCUUUAGUCUGUGAAUGUUUCACCCUCUUGUUAUCUUAUGUAAAUCUGCAGUAUGAAAUAUUCUCCGCUAAGCUAUUUUAGAAGGCAAGGAGGUAUGCAUAACUGAGAGUUUUUCAGUUCAUGGGUAAAACUCCUUCGACGUCGGACCAGCAUACAUACUGGCGUUAUGUUACUACUCAUCUCCAUUCCUCGCUGUUGCCCUACGUCGGCUUCAUCUACCAUUGGCUCGGAAUACCUUAUCACUUCCAUUGACUCAUUGCCUUAAAGUGUUACAAAUACCUUUCCAUUAAUCCCAGUGGUGUAGGUUUCCCGCCGCAUUUCAUUCACCUCUCGUUGGUGAACUAAUCCCCCAGAAACCACAGUGUGUACCGAUAUCUCAAUAAUUUCGAAAAUACUUCGAAAAUUACAAAACAUCAGCUAACUAGCUAAUGUUGAUCGAUUAAAACAUUUGUGAAAUAACUCAAAAACCUGUAUAUAAAUGUGUGUGUUACUUGUAUUUCAGUAUGGUUUUAUUUAUCCUUACAACUUGUGAGACUGUUCUUUACCGUACUGUCAAAGUUGUUGUAUUCUUUGUUUUAUUUAAAACGCAUUUUCUUGUAACGUUCUUUAUUGUAUUCAGCAAUGUUUUUUGCUUGCA